GAAAUGAAAUCGUUUACGUUUAGACCGCAGAAAAUCUUCGUUAACGUUAAAAUGGCUGCUUGCUAUGAUUUAACAGCACACUCCAAUUUUAACGUUUAACAGAAUCUGUAAACGAUCUAACAUAAACCAAAGCUUAUUUAUUUUAAAAACUGCUUUAAUGUUACUAUUUCCAAAUAUUUCAAUCGAAGCGGUAGAACAUUUUCGAUUAAUGUGAAAUUUAUUGUUACGAUGCCGCCUUGGUAUACAUAUAUAUGUAAUUGAACAGUUUUUCAUAUUCAAUUGAGAAAGUUCCUAAUAUAUUUACCUCUAGUGUAGACGGAAGUGUUGCCUAACAUGCAACUCUGCGCGUAGAGUACACGGUGAACACAGCCAGAGGUGAUCAGCUGGCUUAUUUGACAGCGCAAAGUUGCCGCCAAAAUACAAACAAAUUUUCGGUAGCUAACGUUUGCGAAACGCGUGUGAAUUUUUGAAAAAUCAAAUUAAAUGAUAUUAUUGUAGAAAAAAGUAACAGAUCUUUAUAUAUAGAUAUAUUGACAAUGUCUAAAGCAAAAACUGAUAAAAUGUCGUCCAAGGAUAGCGUCCAUGGUGAAAAUAGUGAAGAUUCGUGUGGUGAUGAUACAGCUAGCGUUAGCACCAAUAAUACUUCACGCAGUAAAUCGCCAACCGCGCGGCGUUCUCGUGGUCCAAAACGUAGCAAAAAACCAAAAGUACGAAAACCGGCAUACAAAUAUGAUUUCCAUGUAAAGGAAAAUCACGGACAAGCAAUUUUCGGUAUUAGUUUCAAUCAGUGGCUGGGUAAUGAUCAACCGCACAUUUUUGCUACAGCAGGUAGCAACAGAUGCACCGUUUAUGAAUGCCCACGACAAGGUGGCAUUAAAUUGCUCAUGUGCUACGCCGAUCCGGAUCCGGAUGAAGUAUUCUACACAUGUGCUUGGACAUACGAUAUAAAAACAUCUCUGCCAUUGCUGGCUACUGCUGGAUAUCGUGGUGUUAUUCGCGUUAUUGAUGUACAGAAGAAUGAGACUGUAGGUAACUACAUUGGCCACGGUCAAGCCAUUAACGAAUUGAAAUACCAUCCGCGGCAACCACAUCUGCUUUUAUCAGGCAGUAAGGAUCAUGCAAUACGCCUUUGGAAUACACAAACUCACGUUUGUAUAGCGAUUUUUGGUGGCGUAGAGGGCCAUCGCGAUGAAGUACUUUCUAUUGACUUCGAUUUUCGUGGCGAACGUAUCAUGUCCAGUGGCAUGGACCACUCACUUAAACUUUGGUGCAUUAAUACGGAAGAUUUUAAAGAAAAAAUCGAAUUUUCAAGCACAUUUAAUCCUAGUAAAUCUCAACGACCAUUCCCAACUAUAAUGCAACAUUUCCCCGAUUUUUCUACACGUGAUAUACAUCGUAAUUAUGUGGAUUGUGUGCAAUGGUUUGGCGAUUUCGUGCUGUCUAAAUCAUGCGAAAAUUCAAUCAUAUGCUGGAAACCCGGUCAAUUGCAUCAGAGCUUGUCACAACUAAAACCAAAUGACCCUUCAUGUACCAUUAUCGCAGAAUUCGAUUAUGAUGAAUGCGAAAUAUGGUUUGUACGUUUUGGUUUCAAUCCAUGCCACAAAAUAAUCGCAUUAGGAAAUCAACACGGAAAAGUGUAUGUGUGGGAGCUCGAUCCAAGCGAUCCAGGACAUACAAACACGAGUACUUUGAAUAAUUUAAAAUGCAAUUCGCCUGUGCGGCAAGUGGCAUUCUCGCGUGAUUCCAGUGUUUUAGUGUAUGUGUGUGAUGAUGGCACUGUUUGGCGAUGGAAUAAAACCAGUAUCGUGCAAAAAACGCCAUAAAUAUCUCGAUAAGUGGGAUUGUCGAUUGCGCAGUGUUCAGUGACUGCUGUUGUAGAGGCAAUUUAAAUAUUAUAAAAACUAACCAAAACGAAAAUGCCAAGUAAUAUAUACCAAACUGGAGUGAGAAUAAAUUUGUAGAUUUGCUGCAAAUAGGAAUUGAUAUAAAUAGGUUAAUAUAGAAUCAGUAGCAUAAGAUAUCACUUAGUAUUGUAGUUAAAUAAAAGAUUAUGCUGUGCGAUAACUUCGUAAAAAACUUAAUUGAUUUAAUAAUUACAAUAUUUUCAAUGAAAAUUAUUUUCGGAAAACGAAUAUCUAAAACUUAUAUUUCAUUUAUAAGCUUGAUAUUAAGAUUGUUAACUUUAAUAAUUGAGAUAUUUAAUAAAACCCAAACUAAUAUAAAAUGAUUAAGGAAAAUCUGU